UCAUGCUUGCUCACCUUAGUUAAUGCUUGGUACACAGCUCAAGGUCCUGAGACAGGUGGGGAUUCAUCGAUUAUGCAACAACAGGAGUAGGGUAAAGAAGUGGUUCUGUGUGUAGAAUGCCUUAUGAUGGAGAGAGCCUGGGGUUUCCUGUGAUUUCAGUUGGCUGCUUGUUGUUGCAAUUUUUAUUUAGGUUGUUACUAUGUCAGAUGGGGCUUGCUCUUCUUCACAUGUUUUCAGUGUAUUCAUAUUUUAUACAGCUGUUUACAAAUUCUCUUGAUGGGAAUUCAUUCAAAUAGAUUUUGUCUAUCUGCUUGGAAAGUUUUAGGGUUGUUUUAUGAUUAAGUGUAGACUGCAGUCAACAGAACUGACAGUGCUCUUACAACUAGUUGUUGUUCUAUGUCAUCACUGACAGUGCUCUGGUGUCAAGUUGUCAGUGUUAUUGUCAGUGCACUGUCAUUUACUUGUCAGUGGCUUGGCAACAUUUUGGACAACUGGUGACAGAGCACUGGAACAAUGCCUAUUUUAGGAGAUGUUUCUAUCACAUAAGGGUAUUACCAUCAAUGUACAGGGACGAUGCAGUCCAUAGUUAUGACAAAAUCCACAGUGAUUCAUUCAGUUUUAUCUGUAGUGCUGUUUUAACUCAAGCCUCAUGUUGACAUAGAUUAUUUUCAAUCAUUUUCAUCCAUACUGAUUUGAUGCUUGUAUGAAAAUGUAAAAAGUGUAUACAAUGUCAUUUGCAUGAUUAAUGAUUUUUUAUAUAUAAAUAUAUAUAAAUAUAUAUUAUUAUUUUUUCUGUUCAAAGCUUCAAUAUUGAAUGUGAUGACUGGAUGGUUGGUUUGAUGUUAGUGGGGAGAAUGGUGUGUAGUUAGUACAUAGCUAUGUUCUGCUCCACAGUUGUUGCAUCAUAUCUAUAAAUACUUGAAAAUCCAUCCAAAAUCCAUCUUGAUAGUUUCUGUGGCAAUGUGAUAAUAAAUGUGUAGAGAAGGGUAUGUUUGCAUAUUUAUUUAAUCAUUUAUUUUAAUAGAAAAUGGCAUUAAAUCUUAUAGACUUCAGCAAUAUCCAAGAAUUUGAGAAUUUGUAUGGUUCUCAAGUUUUUUCGAAUUCUGAAAAUGGUGCAGAUUUUUUUUUUGCCACACUCUGUAAUUUUAUUGCCAUGGACAAUGCUUUAGGUUGUAAAUAUUACUAAACUCUUAAGUUCAGAGGCAAAAGCUGUUUCAAUGUAUUCAGAUGAUUGUAUAAUGAAAUCUAAUCAUUCAAAAGAUCCGCCAUGUUUCCUGUACAAAUGGUAUCUCUAGAUUAAAAUAUUCUGCAUUUUACACGUUUAGGCUACUUCCAGAUUUUGUACCUUCAGAAUACCUAAGUAGAUUUAUUAUUAUUUGAUUUGAUUUCAGUUUGGUAUCUGUGUACAGUAUGUAGUCGUGGUGACGCCUUGUUACACCAAUAUUUAACUGUUUAAGUAUUAUGUGCUGAUGUUUGGCAGGCAGAAAAUUUUGUCAGAAACAAGUGCACGGAGGAAAGUAAAAGCACCUGUUUUAUCAGAAAUGAUUUUCAUCCUUAAAAAAAAUCAUUGAAAUCUUUUCUUAGGAUCGAAAACAAAUGCUAAUGGUUCUUUCUGUGGACAAGAUUUUCUGCCAUCCACUCGGCAAUGUAUGAGUUUUUUUGAACUUUUGGACACUUGCUGCGUUAGAAAAUUGAGUGGAAAGGACAGAUGCUGUAUGCGUGAAAGGUGAUUCCAUUACUUAUGUAAAAUAGAGAGCUGGAGAAUUUUGUAGAAAAAAGUGAAAUAUUACAAAAGUGAAAUAUCUUUGUAAUAAUUUCAUCUGUGACACCUAUAAAAGAUUUAAAUUAUUGUA